UGUAGAGAGGUAGUGAGGAUCGAGUUUGCGUGGUUAAGUUCACGAUGCUGCACGAAGGGUAGAUAAGACAGAGGAACGGGUCGCUUAUGGUUACAUAUUUGGCCCAGCGACCUCAGAAGGGGGGAGAUUGUGUCCAGCCUUCAGAGAGAGACGUGUUUGGAGAGAAUCCGUGUUUUUUCUUCUAUUUCUUCCUCGUUGCCCUUAUUUUCUUUCAUUUUACGUAUUUAUGACUGUCUUCCCUCCUUUCCUUCGUAAUAACAUCUUUAGUAGUAGUAGUAUUAGUAGUAGUAGUAGUAGUAAGUCUCUCUCUCUCUCGUACGAUAACUUCCACACGCGCUCUGGCAUCCACGCACACACACACAAGUAUAGAUAAAUGCUCUCACCACUGAGUUUCGGGGGACUUUACCGGCCGGCGCGGGGACGGGCAGACGAGGCUGUGAUCCAAUCCGGGAGUGCGGUGACGAAAGAGGGAAUAAGGAGUGCGAAAGGAGAAGAGGAGGAAAGGAGAAGAAUAAACAGACAGACAGACAGACAGACAGACAGACAGACAGACAGACAGAAUGCCGUCAAUCUCCAUAGUUGAUUUGGGAGGGUUAGGUCUGGCCAGCCUCCCUGCCCAGCCCAGCGAGGAGGAGUGGCAGAGAGUCGGGAAGGAGAUAAGAUCCGCCUUCAAAGACAUUGGUUUUGUGUAUCUGUCCAACCACGGCAUUCCUCAAGGCGUGAUUGACGAGGUAUUCGACGUGGCGGGGGAGUUCUUCCGCCUGGGGGACGCGACGAAGAGGCGGUACCUUCGCGGCGUACAGAACAUCCAAGGGUACACGGCGCCCAACCAGGAGAGACUGACGGAGGCGAAGGGCGUGCAGGAACUGAGGGAAAGCUUCGACAUCCACACCCCAGACGGCGCCUUCCCAGACCAGGAGCUCGCCACCCUCCGCCCCGCCGCCAGGACCCUGUUUGAGAAGUGCAGUGUCCUUACCUUCAGGAUCCUUACUGCUAUGGCCAUUGCUCUGGGUGAGUGUCGGGACGUGGCGGGCUUUGGGAGGUGCUGGGGUGUUGUGUUGGGAGGGGUUACACGCUGCGGCGCCCACACUGACUACGGCACGGUCACCCUUCUCUUCCAGGACGCUGCGGGAGGCCUAGAGGUGUGUCGGGGCGGGGCGUGGGUGAGUGCCCUACCCAUCCCUGGCACUAUAUUGGUCAACGCCGGGGACAUCUUACAGUUUUGGACCGGGGACGUCUUCAUGGGCCACGGAGGGAUGCUGGCUGUGAUUAUCUUCUCCUCCUCCUCCUCCUCCUCCUCCUCCUCCUCCUCCUUGUCUUGGUCAUCAUUUUUCUUCUUCUCUGCUGUGAAUUCUAAUGUAGUAGUAGUAGUAGUAGUAGUAGUAGUAGUAACGUUGAUAAUAGCAAUAAUUUUUUCUACUUGUUUUCUUUCUUUCUUCUUCUUCUUCUUCUUUCUUGUUUUUUACUUAUUUUCUUCUUUUCCCCUCUCAUUUAAUUUAUCCUUUAUACUCUGUCAUCACCACCACCACCACCACCCUUCCCUUCUUCAGGAGCACCGCGUCCUUCUCACUGAGUCGAGGAGCAAGGCGCGCCAGUCCGUCGUGUUCUUCGUGCACCCUGACGGGGACGUGGUGAUCGAGCCCCUGGACGGCUCUGGGAGGUACAUGCCCGUAGAGGCCAAGCAGCACGCCAUCAAGAGAUUCUCAGAAACCUACAAUCUAUAAAUACCUGGAAACUUUGAAUUUAGAAGUGUUUACGUUGAAAUAGCUCCGUUUUCUGUGUUGAAUUUUCGUUUUCUUUAAAUUUUUAUUUUUUUUUAUAUUUUUUUCGUACGUAUUAAUCUCCUUUUUCGAGUGAUUUUGAUAGGGUAUAUUGAAAGUUAAUGAAGUUUUCAACGAUGCUUUCAUGGUUCUACAAGUUUGAAUAGGGUUUAAUACGAGUUAUUAGGUUUUCAAGUGUUUUCAAGUUAUAUAUAAUUACAUAAUACUGGAGGGACAAAAGAACGUAAACAAAUAGAUAGAUAGAUAGACAGAUGGAUGGAUAGACUGAUAGAUGGAGAGAUAGACAGAUACGUAUAUAAUUAGGCUACAAAACACUAGUUGAUAUACAUACAAGGACAGUGCGUGAUAAAUUAACAUUAUAUUACAAGGAGGUGUUUUUGUAAUAGGAAUAGAGUGAGAAUAGAUACUGUGGUAUUUUACGCUUCUGGUAGUAGUAGUAGUAGUAGUAGUAGUAGUAGUGUAUGAUUUAAUCUCAUAACUAAUCCUGGUAACUGAACGCAUCAGAAACAAUAAUAUACGUAAGAAAAGAGGAAUAAAGAUGUGAAAAUUAA